AUGGUCGUUGGUGCCUUUCCUAUCGCGAAACUAUCAGUUUUACUUAUAAAACAGAUAAGUAAACCAAUAGCUAAUAUUUGCAAAGAAAGAGCCAAAAAUAAUCCUUUUUUCAGAACCUAUGUGUGUAUGCCACCAGCUCAGUUCUACAAUUGGUGUGAAGUGAAAGCUAAAAUGUGGAUAUUAAAUUUAGGAAAACCAGUAAAUAUUCCUGUUCUGAGUCAAGAAAUGGCUAUAGAGCUAGGAGCAAACCUUCUUGGUGAAACUGUUAUAUUUGUUAUUGGUGCUGGUUUACUUGUCAUAGAAUACAACAGGCAAAGUAAAAAGGAGGCUGCAAAAGAAGCUAAACGAGAGGAAGAAUUAAAACACAUAACUCGGACAAUAACGGACCUGUACUUCACCGUUCAGCAUCAACAGACACAGCUAAGAGAAAUGGAAAGAAUGUUUCAUGCACUGGACCCUAAGACUCCAAAUUCUACACCACCAUCUUCAAGCGGACCUUCGGGACCAAAACCAAACCCAACACCGCCUACACCACCCCCAGUCAUCACGAUUAGACCCCAAAAUCUGAGCAGCUCUAUGGAAUACUCUUCAACACCUUAUCCAAAUAACAGCGUGAUUCUCCAGUCACUGAAUUAUAUACAAAUGGAUGUUUUUAGUGCAUUCUUUAAUCGUUCAAGCAACUCGGAAAAUAUUCAAAGGGUGGACAAAAUGCAAGCCACUUCGAAACGUGAACCGGCACUUCUGUCGGAAACAUUACACAACCUGGAAAAUAACUUUAGAAGCCUAUUUUGA